AUGCCGGCGGACCUCUACGCCCCCGGCCGCGCCCCGCCGCCCCACCUGUCGCCCUUUGUCGAUCACGAGGCGGAGGGCUACACGCCGGAUUUCGCGCAGACGGACGCGGCGCGGCGCGCGCGUGAGCGCGCGGCCGGCCUCGCGGUGGACGCCGGGUUCAUGGAGGGCGAAGACGGCGAGGACGGCGGCGGCGGCGGCGGCGACGGCGACGCGGGGCAGGAGGAUGCGGCGGCGCUAGAGCGGGAGUACAGGCGGGGGCUCGCGAAAGAGGUGGCGGGCGGCGCGGGGGCGGUUGAGGCGCUGGACGAGCCCUCUGUCGACGAGGAGGGGGAUGAGGAGGACGAGGGCGCCGCGGCAGAGGCGCCCACGCGCGCGAAGCGUGCGGCGGCUGCGGCGGCGGGAGAGGGGGACGGCGGGGAGGAGGGGCUGGCGGCGAUGAUGAUGAGCCGCAAGCAGCGCAAGUUCUACGAGAGGAUCCAGCGGGCGCAGGCGGGCAAGGCAGAGAGGGUGGGGGCGCUGGAGGCGCGAAAGGCGGCGCUGGACAAGGCGGAGGGGCGGGAGCCCGUGCCCGCGGCGCGGAAGACGCGCGGGCAGCGGGCGGAGCAGCAGCAGCAGCAGGCGGCGGUGGCGACGGUGGAGCCGGCGAUGAAGAAGCGGCGGAAGUGA